AUGCGUUUCUCCAUCGCUGCUGUUUUGGCCCUGGCCUCCAGUGCCUUCGCCGUUGAGGCCGUCACCGAGACUGUUACCAUGUACACCACCUACUGCCCUGAGGCCACCUCCCUCGUCCACGGCGGUACUACCUACAGCAUCUCCACCCCCGGCCACAUCACCCUGACCGGUGGUCACUACACCACCUCCCGCCCUCUGCUCUCUUCCACCGUGACCGAGUGCAAGAAGUGCUCUUCUUCUACCCCUCUGGUCGUCUCCCCCAGCAGCUCCGUUCCCCACCUGACCUCUACCCCCUAUAUCCCCCACACCACCGCCACCGCCGCCGCUGGCUCCUCUGAGACCGGCUCUGGCUCUGGCUCUGACACCGGUGUCGGUGCCGUUGGCACUGCCUCCAGCGCCGCCGCCGCUGUUACCUCCACCCAGGCCGCCUACAACGCCGGAUCCACCAACGUCGUCGGUGCCGGCGCCGGUCUGGCCGCUGUUUUCGCUGUCGCUGCUCUCAUCCUGUAA